UGUCGCUAAGCUUUAUUGUUGUUUGUUAUGCACCAGGAUUCCUCAUGUACGAAGCAAACCUCAAGCCUCUUCCGUGGCCAAUGCCAUUCUACGGUUCUGUGACCAAGAACAGUUGUGGCUUUGCGUUCACCGUGGUCUUUCUCAAUAUGGCUCUCAACGAAUCAGGAAAAAUCAGGAAACUGUUGGAACACCAAUACCUCGUACCGCUGGGAAAACUGAGCUACACGGUGUACCACAUCAAUUUUCUGCUUUUGACGGGAUUGGUUGGUGCCGUGCGGGAUCCGCUACAUCUUGACCUGACUAAGCUGAUUAUUAGCAUGCUGAGCGUCACUGUGCUUUCGUACGGGCUCGGACUGGUGAUGUUCUUGCUGGUCGAGCAACCGGCGGCCAAUCUGCUGGGAAGCAAAACGAGGUAUUUUGGCUUUGCUGGAAAUAUUCUGGCGGAAAAAACAGAGCGCUGCAUCAACUGGUCCAAAAAGACGCUUCUCAAGCUGAAACAAAAGCGUGGUCUUACACAAUAG